AUGCAGUGUGAAAAUUGUGAAACAAAACUACUAUCCACUGAUUAUGCAGUAAUUAAUAAUAAUUAUUAUUGUUUAAAUUGUCUUUCGACAAAGCAAUCGUUAUUUAAUAACAAAAAUUCAUCGUCCAAUCAUCAGGUCGAACGAUCUUCAAAUCACAAAAUUUCAACAAAACAGUGUCAAGUAUGUUUUGAUAAUAAACCCGAACAAGAUUUCAAUAUAAAAUAUAGUAGUCGAUGUCAUCACACUGAACGAACAAUUUGUGAUGAUUGUCUUUAUCAACAUGUUAAACAAGCUUUUAAUAAAAUGUGUACAGAUAAUGUUCAUUGUCCUGAAUUAUGCUGUGGUAUUUAUUUUAAAUAUCAAGCAGUUCAAAAAAUAUUAUCCAAUCAUAAAGAUAGAAGAUUAUUAGAGAAAUAUGAACGAUUUAUUCUUCAUAGACAAUUAGAGAAAAUGCAAGAAUUUAUUUGGUGUGCACAUGGAUGUGGAAUGGGACAAUUAAAUGAAGGUGGACAUAGAAAUAAUAUUGUUACAUGUGUGAAAUGUUAUAAGAAAACAUGUUUUACACAUAAAACAGAAUGGCAUGAAGGACUAACAUGUUCUGAAUAUGAUACUGUGAAAAAUCCAGAACUUCAAGCUUCACAACGUUGGAUCGUACAGAAUUGUAAAAAAUGUCUAAAAUGUUCUUGCCGCAUUGAAAAAGCAGAUGGAUGUGAUCAUAUGACAUGCGGCAAAUGUCGUUAUGAAUUUUGUUGGUCAUGUUUAGCUGAUUACAAUGCUAUUCGGCGAGAUGGAAAUCAUCGACAUGAUUCUAGUUGUAAACAUUAUGCACCAUAUCAUAGUUAA